GCGAGGGAAGCAGCAGGAGCAGCAGGAGCAGGUGGGCUCAGGCGAACCGUCCCAGUAGCCUGAGCGCGCCGUCGCGUGGAUGGCUCCGCAGUUCGCCAGGAGGGUCGCGCCCCUCGCGGGCGCGUGCCGCAUUGUGCCGCAGUCGUGGUGGCACGCUGGGGACAGCCGUGGCCCGCCGCCGGUCAGAGCAUUGCGCCGGCUGUUAGCCAGCAAGGCGGGCGCUGCCGCCGACCCAGCCGCCAAGCAGCGGGCGGAGGCCGCGAAGCAGGCCGCAAGCCGCAGGAAAAAGCAGGAGUAUGUUGCUGAAUGAAGCAGCAGCUUCCGAACUACUCCAUGUUCACUUGCUGCGGAAAACGCCGUCGGAAAGUCUGCCCAUGGCCGAUUGGGCCCUUCAAGAGGGAUCGAGUAGUUCAUUGGGGAGGUCCUCCUGGAACUGUUUUUUCUUUGUUUAUGACUUGUAGCGUCUGAACCGUUACUCGCGUGAUAGGGCAUAGUCUGACAUAGUGAAGACUCAUGCCGGUAAAGGGAAGGCCCCGCCAGGCCGCCUGUGCGUUGUGCCCAGCGCUGAAGGGGCCCAAUCGUUACGUAUGCAAUAACGGCGUCGUGGCCACGUGGUUGAUGCAUGGCCCACUUACGAUAGAAGGACCCCCUCAUAGCCACCCCAGAGUUCGUAGCUAGCUUAGAAGCGCUCGCAUAGAAAACACAGCCGCUCCAAUUUCUGUCAGUCUGUGCAGCAUCUAUCUUGGCUGUCCUGUACCGCUUAAUUACAUGGAUACGGAAUCACCACAGAUCCUCUCGUCUGGCUACCCGCCUCCUUCUGCCACUUCCCAGGGUGCAAUUCCAGUCGGCACUUUCUUCGCCAUCUGCGCGGGCCUGGGCUGCGGCGCAUACUACGGCGGAAUCCUGGAGGCUCGGUCCAGGGUGUGAAUCGCCCAGGGGGGAUCAAGAGUCAGUAUGGGGGGCAGGGCAUGGUGGUGAAUGUAUCAUUCCGUCACCCCUCUACUUCUUACUCCGGAUGUUGGCCCUUGCCCAGGAUCCCCGCGGGCUGCCCAAGGGAUGUGCCUGUCUCCAAGAGGUGCCCAACCUGGUGCAGGGCUCCGACCUGGAGAGGAUGAUCGCUUGGGUGCACGCUCAGGAUGCGAGCGUGGUGGUGUUUGACCUGGACGGCGUCAUGAGCUCCGCCCGCAGGGACGACCACGGCGUCCCUCUGCAAGAGGUCGAAGGCUACCUCGCCAGGGGCGUCAGCGAGGACUUCAUCCAGGCGGCCCGCGCCCUUUCCAACCGAGGCUUCGGCCUGGCGGCCGUGGCGCUCGCGGCCCCGCCGCCGGCGCCGCCGGUUCCGCCGGCGCCGCCGGCGCGGGGCUGGCGGGGCGCGCCGGGCAAUGCGCCGCGGGACCCGGGGGCGGACCUCGCCGCCGGACCAGAGCUCGCCAGGAAGCUCAUCGCGCGUUGGUGCCCGCAGGCGCAGCCGGCCUUCGAGGUCGUGCUCGGCUACGACCUCGGGGAGGCGCCCGCGGGGCCUGGCGUCCUGGGGCAGCAGAUGCAGAGGAUCGCCGAGCACUACCGCGUGCCAUGCGGCAAGCUGAUCCUUAUCAGCGCCCGCGGCAGGACCGCGAAGAGCGAGGAUGGAUGGCUGCGAUUGGCUGUGACGGACCCCGCCGAAGGGUUCCGCUUCUCGGAUUGCUUCGCGACCAAGCCUUGAGUCUGAGACCUCGCGUGCCCCUCAGACCGUAGUCCGCGCAUCGAUGAACAAGCAGGAAUGAGGGGGAGAGGCAGGAGACCAGUUACGCAGAUUCCUUCGUCACUAGGGCAGACACUCGCCGUGGCCAGGGAGGGCUUCGGGCGGCCUCCGGAAGGUUAAACAAGAACCCGGCGCGACCCCAAAUAGGGA